AUGCGGGGCAGUGAGAAGAGAGGAGGAGACAGCUGGCUGCGGGCAGGGGAUAGGAGCCCAGAUCCUCUGCUCCAGGAAGCUCCCCGACCAGCCCUCUUUGAGCUCCAUGGCUCUGCCUGUCUGACUUUCCCAAAGACGCCGACCCACACUCACCGAGGUAUCCGAUCGCGCUCCGGGAGCUGGACGCGCCGCUGGAGACGGAGCCCGACCACGGCCCCACCGGCGCACUCGCACUGCUCCGAGCCGCGCGCCACUCGGACGACCACGCGCACGGCUCAGCCGGCCCAGCGCCGAGGGGGCAGCCGCCGCGUCCCGGGCGCGCCUGCCGAUUCCCCCCGCCUCCGGUCCCUCCAGGCGGCCGGCCCGGCACGUCGGCGGGGCGCUCGGCCGCCCGGCUCCCGCCACCGCCGCCGCCGCCGCCGCCGCCGGGACCCACGUGCCCGGAGCCCCGCCCGCCCCGCCUAUAACUCUCUGCCCAGGCCCGGGCAGGCCAGGGCGGGGCGGACUCUGGACACGGGCUGGUACCGCCCCUCCCGCCAGGACGGACCCCGCGCCAGAGGCGCGGCGACACCGCGGCGAUACGCGUGCAGCGGGAAGGCGUCGGCGGCUACUGACCUAGCGCCUGGCGGGACGGCGGCCGCCCGCCUGCCUCACACGAGAUGUGGGCAGGUUUUCAGAGACACUAAAUCGGCGGAGUUGGUCGGCCACCUGUGUGGCUCCUGUCGCUGCGCACCGCGAGACCUUUCAGCGAGCCCGCGCCCUCUCCUGCCAGAAUCUGCCACUUGCCCCGACAAUGAGGCUCCAGGAAAGCAUCAGAGAGGUCCUGGGGCUCCUGCAACACGUUCAACAAAACAGGAAUUUAGAGCUGGAAGGAACCUGGAAGAUUAUUUAGCUGAUCCCUCUCCCUAUAUGUGGACGAGGAGACUGAGGCCCAGAGGGGACAGGCCCUGGCAAGCCCUUGGGCCCCUCACACCCCCUUGGCUGCAACUUGGGCCUCCUGGAGAGCAGAAGGUCCCCGGAGGCCAGGCCCUUUCCAGAGGAUAGAAGCAGAGAGAAUGCUUCCUAACUCAGUCUGUGGGGCCAGCAUCAUCCUAAUACAGAAACCGGACAAAGACAUCAUAAGAAAAGGAAAACUACAGACCAAUCUCUCUCAUGAGCACAGAUGCAAGAUGCUCAAACACAUUAUUCAUUAGUUAUGAGGGAAAUGCAAAUUAAAACCACAAUGAGAUGCCACUACACUUCUAU